UUCGUUCUGAACUGCGAAGUUGGUGGUUUGCAAUCUCUUCAAUAUUAUGGACUCUCGAGUGGCAGACUGUGUUUGAUCAAGCAUUAUGGCGUUCUUGCUGUUGGGAUGGAAUACUACAUCAGGCAAACAAAAUGUCGAUAAGACAAAUCUCUGGCAGGACAAAACAACUUACCGACUCGCUUCUGAUGACAUGUACAAUAUUUGUUUUAACGUUAUCAUGGACGGAAUUGGCGUAGAUGAUCUCCCUCGCCUGUCAAGUGCCGAUGUUCUCAGUGUACACAUGUUCUAGUUUCUGCUUCAGUUCUUCGAUCGAUCGGUCCGUCGAUGGCGCCGAAAUGCGGAGUUUGCGUCGAGGCGGAAUCGAAGUACAAGUGUCCGAAUUGCCUUACCCCCUACUGUUCGUUGGCAUGCUACAAGACUCACAAAGUCACUCCGUGCACUAAGCCGCCAGAUCCUUCUGCCGCGUCGCAGAAUGAGGAUGUUGCCAAACAACCACCUAGAUCUUUUGAAGAAAAUGAAGAUGAAUCCGGAUGGAGGUUACGCCGAGCUCAGUUAGAGGCCAUGGCUGCAUCAGAUGACAUUCGUCGUAUGUUAAGAGACGACGAACUACGGAAGCUUAUUCAGAAAAUAGAUUCCUCCAUCACUCCCGAGAAGGAUCUGGACAAGGCAAUGGAAGGAGCAGCUUUUAAACAAUUCACUGACAAGAUUCUGGCAGUUGUUAGUUCGGAAGAUAAAUCUCACGUGACACAGUCUUGAAGAUGCCAGAUUGAAGGGCUCAAGUUGCACCUAAUCAUCUCUCCUUCUCCUCUGGACGGCAAGAUAGCGCUCCUUCAGUUCCCGCGCUCAUUAUGCUCUUCAGAGUAUAGAGAUAUCUCCCCGGCCGAUUUCUGAGUAGAGAUUGCAAUGGAUAUGGAGUUAGAGGUUAUGUCGUAUCUACGCUUCAUCAUCUGGUCUGUAAAUUUCUUGUAGGAAAGGUCUGUCGUUGCUGUAUAACGAGAAGACCUGGAAUUUUGUAGUUUUGACUGGUUCAAAGGUACUCCCUUUUCAGUGGAGCGAGCAAACAGAGAAGUUUGUCACAGAUACAUCUAGUUUUAGUAGAAGUUAGUAUCGGGUUGUGCCUUUACCACCUUGCACAACCUUGAACCUGGUCGGCUAUUCCAGCUUAAGCUUCAAAGCCGGAGUUGAACUGAUUAGUGUACCUUUUACUUUUCAAAUGUUUCGAAGGUUUACGGAAUUCUUCAGAUAUUUUGCCCUAAGACAUGUUUUUUUUUGAGAACGGGUGUUUGCCUUAGUAUGUGGAAUGACGUACGAGAAAGUGUUGGCGGCUGCAAAUGAUGCGAAUCCCCAUACAAUACCUUGGUGCUUGGCUCAGUGUGGAUGACUACUGGGACCUUUAUACCUAGAGUUGCGGAUGUAGUCAAGAUUAGUUGAAGAUUACCAAGAUUAGUUGAGGAGAUGGCUCUUUCUCACGGAGUCAUGGUGAGUGUCAAUUUAGUACCGAAGGGGGUUGGGCUGGUUAGGCUGCAAAAGCAUAGUGCCCUUCCAGUGACUUCAACGUUUCUCGGUAACUUGUGGAGUGUUGCCUGCAGACCAAGUCAUAAAUGCACAAAAUAGCUCUUUGCAGAUUCAGAUGCAGGCCUGCUUGUGUCGUUUCAAGGAUGUUUGACUUGUUCGCACAUCAAGAGAACGACGACUUGUUCUAACUAGUGUUUGGGCUGGGCGAGUGGUGCAUCCGUGUUGAU